AUGGCCUUCUCAAUCCGCCACUCUGUUUCCCUUCCCCUCUUCAUCUUCCUAAUUUCCCUUCUACCAAAACAGCACUGUCUCUCCUCGAAGCCGCCUCGCCAGAUUUUCGCCCUGAAAACAGAGACCCACCAGCGGAUUCCCAAUUCCAGGCUGUUCAAGACCCUCGCCGCGGGUUCCAAAUCCGACAAGAUGCUCUUCCACCACAACGUCUCCCUCACCGUCUCCCUCACCGUCGGGUCGCCGCCGCAGGCCGUGACGAUGGUGCUCGACACCGGUAGCGAGCUUUCCUGGCUCCAUUGCAGGAAAACCCCAGGAUUGAAUUCCACAUUCGAUCCGCUGGCUUCCAAAUCGUACGCCAAAGUCCCCUGCGCCUCGCCCACUUGCCGGACCCGGACCCGGGACCUGUCCAUACCCGUCUCCUGCGACCCGGCCAAGAUCUGCCACGUCACCGUCUCCUACGCCGACGCCACCUCGAUCGAGGGCAGCCUCGCCUACGAGACGUUCCGGAUCGGGUCGAUGACCCGACCCGCUACCCUGUUCGGGUGCAUGGACUCCGGGUUCAGCUCCAACUCCGAGGAGGACGCGCAAUCGACCGGGCUGAUGGGGAUGAACCGCGGCUCGCUCUCCUUCAUCAACCAGAUGGGCUACCCGAAAUUCUCCUACUGCAUCUCCAGCCUCGGCUCCUCCGGCGUGCUGCUCCUCGGCGGCGACGCCUCCUUCUCGUGGCUGAAGCCACUCCGCUACACCCCGAUGGUGAAAAUCGACGACCCGCUGCCGUACUACGACCGGGUCGCGUACACCGUCCAGCUGGAGGGCAUAAAGGUAAACAACAAAACCCUGCCCGUACCGGAAUCGGUCUUCCAGCCGGACCACACGGGCGCUGGCCAGACCAUGGUCGACUCGGGCACCCAGUUCACUUUCCUGCUCGGCGAUGCCUACACAGCGCUGCGAACCGAGUUCCUCGCCCAAACCAAGGGGAUUCUCCGGGUCCUCGACGACCCGAACUACGUGUUCCAAGGAGCCAUGGACUUGUGCUACCUGAUCGAGUCGACCCGGACGGUCCCCCCACCCGGCCUGCCCGGAGUCACGCUGAUGUUCCAAGGGGCCGAGAUGACCGUAUCGGGCGAGAAGCUGCUGUACCGGGUGCCCGAACCGGCGGGGAAGGGGAGGGAUUCGGUGUGGUGCUUCACAUUCGGGAACUCCGAGCUGCUGGGGAUCGAGGCGUUCGUUAUCGGGCAUCACCAUCAGCAGAACGUGUGGAUGGAGUACGAUCUGGCUGGGUCGAGGAUCGGUAUCGCGGAAGUCAGGUGUGACGACGCUGGUCGACAACUUGGGUUACAUGUUUAG